AAUUAUAUACAAUGACCGUCACCUCAAUAUAACCAAAUACAAUGAAACGUCACUCAAUAUAACCAAUUAUAUACAAUGAACCGUCACCUCAAUAUAACCAAAUACAAUGAAAUGUCACUCAACCGGUGUGCGUAGUGCGCACUGUGCACCGCACUACGUGACCGUGCAGUGACCAAUCAUAUAUGUAAGUGUAACGCGAACGAAAAGUUAUGACAUUAUCGUACUAGUCUCUCACCAUUGAAAUUGGAAUUAGUUUCCUGACCUGUGUAUAAGACCGUGAUUUGUAUUGUCAUCCGUCAAAUAGCGUUAUUCACAGCUGGUGAAACAGGCCCUAAAUACAACAACUGCAGAAGAUACUUACUACAAACAUGUAGUUCCUAAAAUAAUUUUGGUAUGGGAAUUAGUUUUCUGUACUAUUGUGAUGUUAACGUUUCUUACGUAUAUUCUAUAAAUACCUUUGCUUUAUUAUUUUUGAGGCAGUUAUAGUAACAAUUAUUCCUUGAAAUGUCUGUGUUUUACUAUGUAUUAGGUACACUUUCUACUGAUAUGUGACAGAACAAGCUGACAAAGGAGUUAUUGUAACAGGAUUUCGUUCGAUGCCAUUGUAUGUGGUAUAGUGAAAAGUGUUUUUUAAAUUAAAUUUUGUGUUUAAGUUAUCUCUAUUAGGUAGUUAAAAUUGACUUAGAAAAACACUACCUACGAAUAUGAUCGCUAGUUUUUUUUUUUUUUUUUGUAUCAUUUAAAUUGGUUGAAGACACCUGAUUUCAAGUUACUUGGAACUGUAAUAUAUUUCAUUUAAUGCCAUAUUAAUCUUAAUUAUUCAUAAGUAUAUGCAAUUCAGGUAAAUGUAUGUAUUAUAUCGCAAAUGACCUAAGAGAAAUUAAAUCAGUAUAAAAUUUAUUAAAAAGUAACAAAAAUAAUUGUAACGUCAUGUACCUGGUCAGGUACCUGUUGUAUUUAAGCUUCAAUAAUAAAGUGCUAAAAAUUGUCUUUAGGUGAACUUAUUUGUACAGUUUUAUGAAAACGUUUCAUAUUUACUAGAUUUCAGUAUAAAUAUAAUCAUUUAUAAUUAUAAAUACAAUAAUUAUAUUAUGCUUCUCACAAUUCCUAUAAUUUACAUACACAAAAACUUUUUAUAACGAUAACUGAAAUAUAAUAAAAUUUAACGCACAACUUUUUGUUUUUAUCAAUACCUUUCUACAAAAAAUUCAAGUGGUCUAAGCUUUAAGUUUACUGCAGUUCCCUUAAUAUUUUAUUUCGUUAUUUCUUUAAAAACUAUUUAGAAUUAGUGACUGCCUAAAAUUAUCUUUAGUUAAAAAAAAGUUUUUUCCUUAUUUUUACAAUUUUUAUAUAGUAUAAAUGUAAAUAUAUAUUGUUAUUAAAUCAGAAAUGUGGUUAAGACCACACCAUAAAUUUAAAAUUAGAGGAUACUUAUAUCUGAAGAAAAACGAUCAGUGUUAUGAUUAAAAAAAAAAAUUAACAAAAGACAUGGCUAGAAGGCCUUUUAGGUAUAUACCAGGCCGUAUGGCUUAGUAUCUUUGCCUAUUCCUUAAUGAGGAUAAAUGGCACCAAAAAAAUGUCAUUAAUGUCAAACCUGUGUCAAACUUUGAAAGUUUGAAGUUAAACAACUUUUGUAACCGCCAUGGCAAAGCGCUGCUAUGGUUUGAUUGUUAAUGUUUAGUUGAAUUGUUUGUGUAUUAAUAAAUUGAAUACAUAUUUGGUAGUUAGAAUCAUAAAUAUUUAAUUUGAACAGUCUAAUUAUAAUGCCACCCAAUGACGUUGAUGUACAGCAGCCGGUCGGGAAACCGAAUCCGAGAAAUAAUCCUAUUAUGUUUAAAAUAUUUCAAAAUGUUCAAUACAAUGUAGUUCAACAUAAAAAAUACGUUAAGGAAUUAAUAAAGCUAUACAAAAAGAUUGAUCAAGAUUUUUUCAGAGAAAGUUUUAAGAAUGCACUUCAUUACUUAUUUACUUUUGGAGACACAAGUGCUAAUGUCGAUCGUGUAGUUCAGUUUGUUGCUACCUUCUGCACUUCUCUCGAUGAUGAAGAAGAGUUCCUCAUGUUUAUAUUCGAAAUUAUUUUUGAUUGUCAAUGUGUAUCUGGCCAAUCUGUAAGGUACAGAGCUAGCCAGCUACUAGCAGCUGUGCUGUCUGCCCUCGGCGAUGAUGCUUCCUUGGACGAUGACUUGUGUGACAAGCUCUUGGCAUCACAGAUGCAACGUCUCCAAGACACGCGAGGUGCGGUACGAUGUCGUGCAGCUCUAGCCCUGCAACGUCUUCAGAACCCAAUGGAGCCAGAUGAUGAAGUCACCAGAGCAUACCGGUUUCAUAUGAGCUGUGAUCCUAGUUCUUCUGUUAGAAGAGCUAUAGUGAUGUCAAUAGCAAAAUGCAGUCGGAACGUCCCUUUCGUACUAGAACGCCUGUGUGACGUAGACGAAGCCGUGCGCCGCGCUGCUUUCCUAUACAUAUCUGCUAUCAAUGUAACUCAGCUGAGAGUCAAGCAGAGAGUGCUUACUUUAAAGGUGGGGCUCACGGAACGAAGUCCUCGCGUACGGCGGGUCGUUGAAGAAAUAUUAAUACCUGGCUGGCUCAGUACAUUUCAAGGAAAUAUCAUAGAUCUACUCAAGGCUAUUCGCUUGGACAACGCUCAUGAUGCGAAGGAUUCUCAGUAUGUUGCUGGAAAACUUUUGGAAUCGUUGUUUAAACGUCUUCCAAUAUCAGAGCUACUAGAAUGGCUACCGACAGACAAGACAUUGCGUCUCAUACCCGCUGAGAAGUUAAAUAAGGAGACCGUUUGGUACUGGCGGCAUCUCGCCGAACAUUUGCAGAAGAUUGAUGAUGAUGAAACUUUGGAGACGGUGCUGCCUGAUCUCAUUGUUCUAACUGGAUAUAUAAGAGCGAUCGUCGAGUCCCCCUGCCCGUCCGAGGCUGAAGACCCAGCGGGGUUCAGCACGCGGCAGUACGUGUUGCGGGAGCUGGGCGCCAUGUUGCGAGUGUAUGACGCCAGCGAUCCCGCUGGACGCACCGCGCUACAGGCACUCGUCACUGAUACACUUACAGGUGACUACGGUCCUCUGAGCCCGGACGUGGUCCGCGCGUUCGUGUCCGCCCUGGAGCUGGUGCUGCCGGACGCGGGCGGGCGCGUGGAGCUGGUCUGCGGGCUGGUGUCCUCGCUGCGGGAGCCGGCCGAGCCCGACGAGCCCGCGCCCGCGCCCGCGUCCGUCCCCGUCGACAGCUCGGAGGUCAAGUUGCAGAGAGCAAGACUACGUGUAUCUUUAAACGUUGCGAUUGAAGCUCAAGAGGAGGCCGUGAGGGAAGAAAACUAUGUUCUCGCUGCUGAAUGUAAAGCUAAAGUGGCAGAUAUUCAAAAGAAAUUAGAAGAAUUAAAUAUUCAACCGAAGUCACCCCCACCACAACCAUUGGCGACCAUUAAGGAAAAACAAUGUGAUGCAGCAACCUUAAACAAAUGUUUAACGAUAUUAAACUGCGCUCUGGAUACGCCACAGCUGACGUCGAUAACUCCAAUGCUAAAACUAAUGUUUAGCGAACUAGAGGCUGAAAUAUUCCAAAAUCCAGAAGUAUUAGAGAACGCUCUUGAAACGGUAGCUCUAUUUGGAAUGCUCGAUAAAGAAUUUGCAAGAGAUCACAAAGCGUUCUUCUUCGCCAAUUUGAUAGACACAACAAACGAGCCAAUAGUAACGACUGUAUUGAAAUGCAUCGUGGACUUACUCUGCGUCCACGGAGCUCGUGUAUUUGAGGAUGAAGCCAGUCAAGACGAGUCCAAGGCCGAUGUACAGAAGAAACGGAACACCACACACUCUAUUGGCGAUGGAGAGGAUGAUGGCACUUUAUCUGAGUCUGCGAUGUCGGUAACACCUACACACAGUACAGUUAUUGAGUUACUCCUAAAGAUAAUGGAUAGCGCUUGUCCGGCGUAUAGGCUGAUCAUAGUGGAAGGAUUAUGCCGUUUAAUAUAUCUAGGACAUCUUGAAUCACCGACUAUCCUCAGCAGACUUAUAUUACUAUGGUUUAACCCUGCUACAGUUGAUGAAGACAAUCUACGACAGACUAUAGGAAUAUUUUUCCAGACAUUUCCUAUUAGUGUAGACGGAGCACAGGAACAAAUACAAAAAGCUACUUUACCAACGUUACGAGCUUUAGCCAAUGCACCGUCAAGUUCACCCCUAUCAGAAAUAGACCAAGAGGCAGUGGUUAAAUUUAUUGUAUCAUUGACCAGAGUUAAUAUUGAGGGCACGGACAGCCAGGGCGCGCUGGCGCUGGAGCUGUGCGGGCGGCUGGCGCGGCGGCCGGCGUGCGCGGAGGCGGCGCUGGCGUGCCGCGCGCUCGCGCUGCUGCCGCCGCCGCUGCACGCGCACGUCGCCGCCACGCUGGCGAGGGCGCUGCCGCCGCUCAUAGAGAAAUUACCUGAUAAGCAGUCGUGCCGUAAUUUGACUCGUUAUCUCGGCUCUUUAGAAGCGAUGGAACGCGCUAGUCUCAAUAAAAUGUCUACAGGUGUUACUGAUGGCAGUAUUCAGACAGAAGAUACGAUGCAUACAUUUGGAAGGAUAACCACUUCUUUACCACAACCAAUAGCAAGAAGUACUCACGUGGUCGUCAAUGAAACUGUGGAAGAGGAAGUGGAAAUUGACGAGAGCUCGCCCACUGAGGUCGUAUCCAGGAUAUCGGAAGAACAAACUCCAAUACAAGAAGAAAGAAAAUCUUCACCUAAAAUUGAUGCAGAAGUGGAACCGCAAAAAGAGGCGUCGGGCUCUCUUUCCGAAGACAGUAGCGGCGUUUCGCCCGUCAAGAGGGUUAGAGUUAUUAAAAGCAAGAAAAAAAAAUUGUCUUUAACGAAAAAGAAAUCUGAGACUACGGAUAGUAAGAAGCAAAAUAAGAAAGGUGCCAAACAAACCAAAGACCAGGAGCAGAAUGAAAAAGGCGUUAAGCGAAGUCGGUCACAGCGCUCUCUAGUGGAUGUUGACAGAGCUAAAAAAGAUCUUAAAUCUAAGAAAGAAGCACAAGAAUCGCCACCAUCAGACGUAGACCUUUCCAACGUGACUAUACGGAGGUCAACGCGUGGUCAACAUUCUGGUUCAGACCAGAAUAGCUCCGACUCUCCCGGUUCAAGUGGGAAUAAGAAAGGACAAAAGACGAAUAAGGCGCCGAAGAAAGUUGCAGAAGUUCGUCGCUCGACGCGUUCUUCGUCACGCAGCAGCGCCAGCUUCGCGAACAACUCGGCGGAUGAAACCGAGCUCCACACUAUAGUCUACGAUAACGACUUUCAACAGCAAAUCCUGGAAGAUUCUAGUGAACUGACGGAAACUCGACGGUCUUCGAAGGGUAACGUCACUAUUCCUGAAACGCCGGAUGGCAGCGAAGAGUCUGAUUCAGAACCAGAGCCUCCUGCGAAUGGAAGAGGGAAGCGUAAAGGAAAAAAAUAAAAGAAAGAGUUUACUAUUAAUUGUAUAUU